CACCGCUGACCCAGGGUAGGACACUUCCCGCUCCACUCUCCUCCGCUACUCUCGAUCACUCGCUCUUCUCGUUGCACAACACUCUCAUUCUCUUUUGCUUUUGUACUCGACUCGUCAUCUACUGUUCCUCUCUUGCUCCCCUCUCCCUCUCCUCGUCACCUCUCUCUCUCCCCUCGUCAUCUCAUUGCAAGUCCACCUCAUCAUUCUCUAUCCAUCCUUCCCGAUACCCUCGCCGUCCCCCAUAUCUCAACCUCUUCAUUAGUCCCAACCUCUUCUUUCAUCCGUUCCCGCUGCCCUCUGCCUCCCUCUCCCCUACUGCUAUUCGGCAUGCUCCCCGCACUCCUCCUCUCCGCUCUCGGCGUUGUAGCUGCUCCUCUCGAGGAGCGCUUCAACCAGCCAGGCGUUCCCGUCGACCUCGUCCUCACGCCCAUCAGCGAGCGCGCCAACCACCCGGACCCACAAGUUCGCGCUGCCUAUGCUCGCGAUGAGAUGAUCACGAACCGCAUUCGCUUCUCUCGUGCCCUCGACGAAGACGGAUAUGCCCGCCUCAAGCGUGACCUUGAGUUUGUCGACGAGUCGGAACGCCGACGCCGUCGCCAGGUUGGACCCCAGGAUUCGUCCGAUAUUCCUGUCUCGUCGGACGCCAACCCCGGCGGUCAGGCUCAAGGAGGUAGCUCCAACAACAACGCCCCUGCCGGCGACAUUACCCUUAUGAACUACAAUCGCGACCAGGGGUACGCUACUCCUGUCAAGGUCGGCACACCCGCGCAGCAGUUCCUCGUCGUCGCGGACACUGGCUCCCAGGACUUUGUUCUCUUUGACGAGUCAUGCCGCGGCUGUGAAGGCCACCCUCUUUUCGUUGACUCGCGGUCAUCCACUUUCCAGCCCACCAGCACACCCAUGUACGAGGCAUAUGGCACUGGCGAGGCAUCUGGCAUUUGGGCACUGGACCGCGUCGAGAUGGGAGGCUACUUUGUCAACGACCAACCCAUUGCUCUCGUUCAGCAGGGAACCGUCGCCCGGUAUAUGGGAUCGCAGUUGUCCGGCAUCAUGGGUCUCGGCGUGCCCUCCAUCUCACUGCAAGGUCCCAACGGUCCCGCAAUGAAGGCACCCCCUCCCUUCUGGAUUACGACCGCUGAGAACGUUUGGACCGACAAGCAGUUUGGCGUGUUCCUUGCUCGCACCAACAUCGACCCAUCAAGAUACAUGCUCGGCAGCAGCUUGACCGAGACCAGCGAGGCCAGUGGCGGCGUCUUGACCCUCGGUGGUGUCAACAGACGGCUCUUCACUGGCGAGAUCAAGUACAUGCCCGCUAACACGACCUACUGGUGGCAGCUCCCGCUCGAGGGCUUCUCCGCCAACGGCAAGAAGUUCAACGCCCGUCUCGCGCCCACCGUCAUUGACACGGGCUCGACUGCCAUCAUGAUGCCCGAUGCCGCGGUGCGCGCGUUCCACGCUCAGAUUCCCGGUGCCCAGGAGCCCAACAAUGACGGCUCGUGGGUCAUCCCUUGUGACACGACUGCCACCGCGUCCUUCUUCUUUGGUGGAAUGGAAUACCCGAUCCAGACCGCUGACAUUCUCCGCGGUGCGCUCGCUCAGGACCCGCGCUUCUGUCUGUCAAACGUCGGCCCCGGCCCGUGGCUCCUUGGUGCAGCAUUCAUGAAGAACUACUACACGGCUUUCCGCAUGGCGCCUGAACCUCAGAUCGGCUUCGCGAUGCUCGCGCCCAACGUCGUCACCAACGGCAAGUCUGGCUCAACUGGUGGGCCUGUCCAGAACAAUGCUGGCGGUGGCGGCACCUCCAUUUCGUCCGGCUCAUCUGUGACGGUUGGCUCCACCAUCCUCGCACUGGGUCUUAUCGCCUCCCUACUCCUCUAGUCCCUAGAGCAACUUCUUACGGGUCUCAUGUGCUUGUACCACUAGCAUCUAUACACCACACACACUACUAGUAGCUUCUGACGUGUCCACACGAGGUGCCGUUUGCAAUGAACAUUUACGCUGGCAACAUGACGUGGCCGGCUUGGUGGCGAGGUCGAAAGCGAUGGGCGGAAUGCACG